AUGAAGGGCACUCCCGUCGACCAGCUCGUCUAUGAGUACAUGUUCCCAAAACCUCGCUCGACGGACCCCCAACAUUUCCACUCCCUGUUGCACCGACACCUGAUCCUAGAAGUCCGCCAGGAGGUACACUCCUUCUACGGUCAUCUCGAUACACAGGAAGCCAAGUAUCCCGGCCUCGACUACUGCCAUCGCAUUCACCGUAUCCGACUAAGCCGCUGGCCCUGGCACCGCCGCCUAUUUCGAGCGUUUGACGGUCUGCGCCUGACCAACUCCGAAAUCUCGAAUCUGACCAAAUGGGAGGGUACCAAGUGGGCCAAAGAGCGCUUCGAACGGGACGCUGGUGUUGUCAUCAGAGAUACCGCCGGAGACGAGGUCGGCCAAUGGGUCGAGGUCGAGGAUAGGCCACGUGCAGACCGGAUUCCGCAGGUAGUCGAGCCUGAAGACGAAGACGAGGAAGAGGACGAAGAGGAGCAGGAUGAGGUUGACGAAGACAUGGACGACAGCGACGGAGAGCUCAACAGUGUCGGCAUUUCCCUGAAUCAGCGCCUGCUGGCACGUCGUGAAGCUGGAGACGCAACGGCGCCGAUAGACGAAGAGUGGGAGCAGUGGCUAAAAACUGCCAUCGAUUCUGGCGCAUUACCUUUUCUCUCUUCCAGCAGCGACCCGGCCAGCGCACUGAUUCCGCAAGUCUUGUUCCCUCCAUCUAUGCUUAGUGCUGCUAGAGCCAACCAAUGGGAUCAGGUGCCAGAGUUUCUCCACGACUUGCUCCGGCGAACCUUGGCAACAGAGGCAGAAGCAAGGCGCAACAGGGAGGCAUCACCGUCCCGAAUUGAGGGCUCGGCGCGCUCUGCGCGGAAUAUUCUUGCCUCUGCAGCAUGGAGGCGUCCCUACUCAGGUCUCAGUUUGCCCCAUGGCGACAACGGCGCAAACGCAGGCUCUGACAAUGUGCGAUACAACCGCACUGCACAACCAGGGGCUUGA